AUGUUUUUCUUUGGUCUUGGAGGCCUGUUCUAUGCCAUCCUCUCCGAGGACCGCUUCCUCGCCAGAAAGCCCGCAUUCGGUGGCCCGGCAGACAACACCAGCGUCAAGUCAAAAGUCAUCAACCUGAUUGCAUCUGUCCGCACCCUGAUGAGGAUACCGCUAAUCGUCAUCAACACUCUAAUCAUCGUCUACGAACUUAUACUGGGAUGA